AUGGAUCUCAGCGACUCAGAUGAGAACAGCUAUAUUGACAAUGACACGGAUUCCGAUACUGCCUCUGCCAGCUCCCUCAGCUCUGGUUCCGAUUUUGACACUGACAUUGACAGCGAGACGGAUAGCGACUCCUGCUCCGACUCGAGCUCUGAUUCGGAUUCCAGCGAUGAUGUCGCCCUCACCCCCUUCCCCCCCCCCCGGCGAAGGCAGUUGCCCAGUUACAACGAUCAACCAACCUACCCCUCAAUGCCUAUAUGA